GAGAAAAAUAAAUGCGUGACGUGGAAGUAGUCGCCCUGGCAACGACUCUGUUUCAGUAACCAUAGAAACAUUUGCGCUUGCAUGUUUGUGAAAAAGUUUUGCUCCAUGUGAAAUUGAGGAAGAUGGAUAAUGUAUUAGGACGUAGAGACGCCGAGGUUUUCAAGGCUUUUCUAAUGAAGGACAGCACGAAGAGCAACCGGAAUCUCUAUGAACAUCUGACACAGUUACUCAUCAAGGUGAUUGACGAGCAUACUGAAAAUGCUGUGGAUGUGGUUGAGGAAAUGAGCCGUGAUAUAAAGCGAGCUUUAUUCAGCGGCAUACAGGGGCCUUUGCGAGAGGUUCCACAAGUUUCAUCUGCUGAGCUGCUGACAGAGCAGCAGCGCAUAUUGUUUUCCCAACCAGAGGAAGUAGUAGCCCAAGAGGAUGAAAUGGGAGAAACGGCCCUUCCUAAUGUGAGUGAGAUUGCUUUCUAUCUGGAGCAAGCUGAAGUGGGUUUAGGCAGAGAGGAGAUGCAAAGGAUUUUUCUUGCUCUUAAGUAUCUUGUUGACUCUGAGGGACUUCCACGAUGCCGGCUGUGGGGGAAAAUUUUGGGAAUAGAGAGUAACUAUAUUGUUGCAGAAGCUGAGUAUAGAGAGGGAGAAGAGGAGCAAGAAAGCAUUGAAGAUCAACCUGCAGAGGAGGAGAAGGAGCCUGAAAAUCCUGAGAAUGAGCAAGUGGAGGCUGAUCCUCUUCCUCAAUCAAUUUAUAAACCCCAACUUGAUGCACCAAAAGAGGCCAUUGGAACAGGUGCCAAUAAAUUUGCUUACUACGUGUGCAAAGAGCCAGGUCUUCCUUGGAUAAAGCUCCCCUCAGUUAGUCCUGCACAGAUCAACACUGCUCGUCAGAUCCGUAAAUUCUUUACUGGAAACCUGGAGAGCCCCGUUGUAAGCUACCCACCAUUCCCUGGGAAUGAGUCUAAUUAUCUGAGAGCACAGAUUGCUCGGAUCUCUGCUGGUACACAGGUUAGCCCUCAGGGUUUCUACCAGGGAGGGGAGGAGGAAGACGACGAGGAAGACGAGAUACCCCGAGACAGCUUUGAAGUGAACCCUGAUUUUGAGGACAUUCCUGUUAGUGAAAUGGCCGAAUCAUUGUCAACAUGGGUCCAUCAUGUCCAACACAUCUUGCAACAGGGCCGCUGUACUUGGGUGAACAUAGCUGUGAAACCAGAUGAAGAGUCUAAUGAGGAUGAGGAAGGUGAAGAGAAUGAAGAAGAGUCUGAAGAGGUGGAGCCAGAGGUCGGACCUGCUUUGCUCACACCUCUAUCCCAAGAUGCAGAAAUGUUUAAUACUUCUCCAUGGAGCUCCAAGGUGUCCACCAUGCUGACUUUUCAGCAUGCUAUCGCUGUGCUGCGUUCUAACCUCUGGCCAGGAGCAUUUGCUUAUGCAUGUGGAAAGAAGUUUGAGAACAUUUAUAUUGGAUGGGGUCUGAAGUAUGUAGGGGAAGUGUACAGCCCACCCAUCCCCCCCCCACCAUUAAUGGAAUAUCAAAAUGGACCAGAAAUCACAGAGGGCCUGGACCCAACCCCAGAGGAAGAGCAAGCUUUGAAAGAAGAUUUAGAAGAGCAGCAAGCUGCCCUGGAGGAGGCAGAGGCAUCAGAAGAAGAUGAAGAUGAAGACUAAUAAAUAUAUCAUCUAAAUAUAUAUUUGAAAUCUAAUUGUGAAGUGAAUAAAAUUAGA